AUGUCCGACUCAUCCGUUAAACCACCACCAUCACUUUACGAGCAACUCGAUGCAUUGUCCGUUUCACCUAUCCCCUCAGGAGUAUUGUCUGGAGCUUUAUUCUUGAAAGCAUUAACCAAGACAUCCUCAGCUGUAUCCAUACCCAACUCUGGCACAUCUGGCUCAUCGUUUGCAUUCCACAAGACAUUGGCAGCGUCAAGACCCACGCGAUUGUCCUGUACCUUGUUUGGCUCAGCUAUGGCCUUGGGUACUUAUAUGAUGGUUGAUGGAGACCCAUUGAAUGCCUCUGGUUUCAAUUUCGCUUGGCUGACUUUGUACUUGAUUGUGAAUGGUAAAUCAUCAAUCCUGUCUAUUUUCAAAGGAAGAGUAACUCCAGUUGCAUUGUCGGGUAUAGCACUCUUUGAUGCGGCCUUGUAUGGAAGAGAGUUUUUCUGGAGCAAAAGAAGUCCUUUCCAACAGUAG